AAAACACAUGAUUCUUUGUCUUCUCAAUCUGAGAGGGAGGUGUAGAUAUGACAUUAGGUUUUUCCUGAGUCAAAUAUUGCACAGAAAGCUUCUCGCUAGUCUGCAGUUGUGGGAACUUGCGAGAGCGCCUUGAAUGAGAUCAAUUCAAAUGGCGUCCCCUUCAAGUGAAAUUGCAAGUCCCGUGGAGCCCACAUCUGACACUUCAUCCACCUCUGCGCCUUCAGCACCCAUCUAUCGAGUUUUCAAAACCCGUUGGUACAUCCUAUCGCUCUUUGCUUUGCUGGCCUGCUUCCAAUGCCAGGUUUGGAACACAUGGGGUCCCAUUGAAGUGGCGGUCAAGUAUGGUUACGGAUGGCACGAUUCUACUGUGGCCAUGAUGGCCAAUUGGGGAACCAUCAUGUUUGUCGUCAUGGCUUUUCCAUUGUCGUACUUUUUGGAAGUCCGUGGCCUGAGGGAAACGGUCAUUUUGGUGUCAGCAUUGUCUGCUAUAGGAACAGUGAUCCGGACCUUCUCUCUGGGUGCCACAUAUUUUACUUGGUCGGGUCACAUUUGUUCCAUUUUGAAUGGAAUAUCCGGUGUCACUGUGAUGUCUGCUCCCCCUGUGAUAUCUGCUCUAUGGUUUCCGCCCAAUGAGCGGGCUUUUGCUACUGCUGUGGCUCAGGUUGGCAAUCAACUUGGAUCGGGAGUUGCCUACUUGCUAGGGCCGUAUAUGGUCCCAGAUACGGGUAUCCCAACUAAUGAAACAUUAUUGAUGUCUCCUCUGACCAUCGAUAAGAGAAUGAUCCAACGAGACAUCGAGUGGUACAUGAUCGUUACGGCAACUAUUUUUGUUGCCAUUUUGGUCUUGGUGGUUCUAUACUUUCCAUCGCAACCCUCCAUUCCACCAUCGCCCAGUGCUGAGGUUCCUAGGACCAACUACAAAUCAGGGUUGAUCAGCAUUGCUCAGAACCCGAACAUGUGGCUAUGUAUGUUGGCUUACGCCAUUCCUGGAGGGGUCAAUAGUGGAUGGGCGGCUGUGAUGACCAUCAAUUUCGCACCCGUUGGUAUUGAUGAGGCAGAGACAGGGUCAAUAGCGUUGAUCUCUGUGCUCAGCUGUGCUUUCGUGACAUUGGGUUCGGCCUAUGGGUUGGAUCAUGUCAGACGGUUCUUGAAGUCUUGUCUUUUGACACUGCUGACCAUGUCUGCCCUGUUCUUUGCUUGGCUAGCUCUGUUGUGCCUUCAAUUUAUCCCCUUUUCUAAAUGGCAAAUCUAUGUGUCGACCAUCGGUGGAAUAUCUUGCAGUUUCGCCACUAACCCAUUGUUUUUUGAGUACGCCGUCGAUUUAGCCUACCCUAUUUCUGAAGGCUUGGUCGCCACAUUUCUGACUGCCUUCAAUAAUCUAAUCGGAAUGUUCUUUUUGGGAGUAUUUUUCAUCCCAAAUAUAAAGUUCACGUGGAUGAAUUAUGUUCUUGUAGGGUCAUCUUUAAUCAGUAUUCCAUUAGUUCUUCUCACCAAGGGAAAUUUUAGAAGAAUGGCUGUCGAUGAUGGUACCUCGUCGAUAGAUCAAGAAGGUUACAGGAUCCUUUAAAAUCCCCCCGAUGAUAUAAUAAUGUAAACUAAGUCACUUUCAAAAACCCUAAGUAUGAUCGAUCUGACACAAGUGAUUACAAUGUUUGUUACUCUGAUCUAAUUUUGAUAUUGUGUAUUGAAAUAUAUCUAAAAAAUGGUU